AUGCCAACCGCAGAAGAUCUUGUUGAACAAUUACAAAUACAAAAAUUGAUCUAUGCUGUGCGGACAGAAAAUAUUUUACUAGUACAAAAAUUAUGUGGCAAAGGCGUUAAAAACCUCGUAAAUUAUAAUGAUCCACGAACUGGAAUGACCCCGUUGAUAGCGGCUGUCACACAAAGCAAUACAGAAAUGGUACAAUGUCUACUAGAACUUAAUGCAAAUCCCGAUGCUAUUGAUUUUUCUGGCCGUACACCACUUAUGCAUGCCGCUGAAUCCGGUCAAGUCACUGCUUUAGAAUUACUGCGUGAAGCAGACGCUAAUCCGACAAUUCAAGAUUUUGAAGGAAGAGAUGCAAUUUACUAUGCUUGUACGGAAACAAAAAAAGGUCAUAAAGAAUUCUUUAAAUUGUUACUCGACAUGGGUGCUAAUGUGAAUAAUCAAGACAAAAAUGGUGUACCCACUUUGGUACAUGUAUGUGAAGAAUCCGACGAAAACGAAGAUUUCUGUAUGGAGCUUAUUCGAAGAGGAGCUGACGUGCGGCUCGCCGAUGGAAAAACGCAACGCACAGCAUUACAUAAUGCUUGUUAUUCUGGAAGUGUUAAAAUUGUACGAGAACUUUUACGUGCAAAAGCAGAUCCUGACGCAUUGGAUCAAAAGAAAUCAACACCUGCACACGAAGCUGCUAAAGGUGGAAAUUUAAAGGUAAUUAUAGUUCUGUCUAGUGUAGGCACAAGAUUUGAUGUCUAUGAUUAUCUUGGUAAUAACCCAAUACAUUAUGCUGCUAUGGCUGAUGCUGGCUCUGCGCUUCGAUUUCUUGGUCAACGAGGUUGUAAUCCGAAGGUGAAGAAUAACGAUGGGCGUCUUCCACGGCAAAUUGCUGUUCGAUAUAGAAAUAGAGAUGCACUUAAAAAUAUCCGAAAAGCUGAACAAGGUUAUCAUGAAAUGACUUCGAACUUGCCUACAGACGAUUAUCGUGAUUGGAGAUUAAUGCUUUAUGAUUAUAUUUAUGAACAUCAAAGUCGUAUAGAAAAAUUAUUUCAAGAAUUAGACACGAGAAGUCCCAAAAUGGGUUUUAUGCAAAAGCAAAAUUUUAAAAUGAUUCUUGAAAGUGAAAGCCAUCUUUCAUUUCUUCAACCGUACAAUUUUAAAGAUCUUCUUGAAAAACAUGAUAUAAGUCGAGAAGAAUUAGAUUAUAGAGCAUUUUUAACGGGAGCAAAAUAUUUAACAAAAUCCUAUUUAAUUACUUCGUUUAUUCGUAAGAAGAAAAAACCAACAACGUGA